GGGGUGUAUGACCCAGUCAUUUGCCAGCGUGAAGCGGUUGAUGUCCGUACUGCGUCACUGACGCCACAAGGGCCUCUUUGGACACAUUGAGUAGCCACUAAGGAUCCAAGGUUGCCAUUUGCAAGUUAGAGGCCAAUCUUGGGGAGCCAGGAUGGGAGCAGGAGCCAGUGCAGAGGAGAAACACUCCAGGGAACUUGAGAAGAAGCUGAAGGAGGAUGCCGACAAGGACGCCAGGACCGUCAAGUUGCUGCUACUGGGUGCGGGUGAAUCAGGCAAAAGCACAAUUGUCAAACAGAUGAAAAUUAUCCACCAAGAUGGUUACUCUCUUGAAGAAUCCUUGGAGUUCAUCGUAAUCAUUUACAGCAACACCCUACAGUCUAUCAUGGCUAUUGUGCGAGCUAUGACUACACUAAACAUCGGCUAUGGAGACCCGGCCCAGCAGGAUGAUGCCAGAAAGCUGAUGCACCUGGCAGACACCAUUGAGGAGGGAAGCAUGCCAAAGGAGAUGGCUGAGAUCAUUCUGCGUCUCUGGAAGGAUUCGGGCAUCCAGGCCUGUUUCGACAGGGCCUCCGAAUACCAGCUCAAUGACUCUGCUGGAUACUAUCUGAAUGACUUGGAGAGGCUGAUCCAGCCAGGCUACGUCCCCACUGAGCAGGACGUGCUGCGAUCAAGAGUCAAGACCACUGGUAUCAUUGAGACCCAGUUCUCCUUCAAGGAUCUUAACUUCAGGAUGUUCGACGUGGGUGGCCAGCGCUCAGAGAGGAAGAAGUGGAUCCACUGCUUUGAAGGCGUGACCUGUAUCAUAUUCAUCGCUGCUCUGAGUGCAUACGACAUGGUGCUGGUGGAGGAUGAUGAAGUGAACCGAAUGCACGAGAGUCUCCACCUCUUCAACAGCAUCUGCAACCACCGCUACUUUGCCGCCACCUCAAUCGUACUCUUCCUCAACAAGAAAGAUGUCUUCAUCGAGAAGAUCAAGAAGGCUCACCUCAGCAUGUGCUUUCCUGACUAUGAUGGCCCCAACACCUAUGAGGAUGCCGGUAAUUACAUCAAGCUGCAGUUCUUGGACCUCAACUUGCGACGAGACAUCAAAGAAAUCUACUCCCAUAUGACGUGUGCCACAGAUACAGAGAACGUCAAGUUUGUGUUUGACGCCGUCACCGACAUCAUCAUCAAGGAAAACCUCAAGGACUGCGGUCUCUUCUAAGAAGGUUUGACCUCCCAAACCUUUAACCCCUUUCCCCCUCUCCUCUUUUCCCACUCUGAGGGGACAUUCAGCUCUUAUUGAAGAAUGAAGAACACAUCCCUGUCCAAAGCACUGCUUCAGCAGAAGAAACAACAUGGACAUUAUUGUUAAUCGGGGAACCCAACCCUAAAGAAUUUCUUCACUCUGAUUCCAAGCACAAUUAAUCUAUAGAUAUUUUGACAUCAAAUAGUAAAUUGCAGGAAAUUAUAUCCAAGAUUUGAGCAAAUUUAGCUCAACAUGAAUGAACUGGGGGGAAAAUUAAACCAUUAAAAAUGUCCCUAUAGUCUUAUCACAGCUGACAUUAAAUAUAGGCUGUUGCAGAUUCUUAAGAGAUUCUUAAAGAGAAUAGGUUUUCCUUAGCAGUAUCAUGCAAACUGUAGUUGUAACAUCUGAGCUGCUGUAAGCUGGAGAAGAAUAUCUGAUGUACCCAAAAUUCAGAUAUAUGCAAGGCUGUUUAAUGAGAGAAUUAUGUUGGCCUCAACUUUCCACUAUGUAUCCAGUGAUAAUGGGACCUGAAAAUAGUUUAACCUGACAGCUGUAUUUGUUUUGUACCACCUGCAUAUGCACUUCAAUUUCAUAAGAUAUUGCAAACAGACUAAAAGGCAGAAAAAUUCAUCAGCAAAGCAUGCUUUAAAAAAAUCUUAGUGUUGAAAUAUGAUGCAAAUUGGCUUCAAGCCAGACUUCACAUAUAACAAUGUAGUAUGAGUACAGAUGGGCUAAAUCUGUAAUUUAACAGGUACAAAAAUAUGUUGGAAGGGAGCCCAUAAUUUUGCCAUGGUAUACAGUUCUGGUGUUUAUAUACUUAUAACACAGAUCGCUGAAUGGAAAAGUUAAAAGACUAAUUAGAGAGAACAAAAAAAAAAAAAAAAAAAUCCAGUUAGUCUAGCCUAGCGUGCAUGUCGAACACAACGGUUGAACGAUUGAAGUAGUUAUGAUUAAUCCCAUGCAUGCUUACUAACCAACAAGUUGUCUACAUUGGAAGCACUUUAGACAAUGCAUUGUACAGACAUGUUGGCAAAACACAGAAUGAAACUUGGUUAAUUAAAGCUUACAGUAGCAAAGCUA